AUGGCAAUGCCAAAUGAUGUGUGGGAGGAGGUCUCCCAGGAUAUUCCCUCGGCGUCUGAUCCCUUUAUUCAGAAGUACAUGGCUGGCCGUGAGCAUCUUAUCAAUCAGGAAAAGACGACACGUUCAGACGCUUCCUUCCGCAAAUCUCUUUCUCCAAUCGCCAAAAGAGCCUGCACCAUUGUCGACCGAAUCCGCAGUCAUGAGAAAAAGACUGUCUGGACUCCGGAUGUUGAGGAGGACAUGGCUCAGAGCUCCCACCAGAGCAUCUUUCCCGGAAUGAUGUUCAUGCUCGCUAAGGACCGUAUGGAGAGCACUAACCUGUGGAAGAUUGUCAGGAGAAUGCCCAAGGGCUGUCUCUUACACUCUCACAUGGAUGCAAUGGUCAGCUUUGACUAUAUCCUUGACGUGCUGCUCAAGACCCCUGGAAUGCACCUGUCAAGCGACAGGCCGCUCAACAGUAAAGUGGCCCUGGAAAGUGCUGCCGUAAAUUUCCGGUAUAAGGCAAAGGAGAGAACCGAAGGCUCUCUUUGGGAAGGGUCUUAUAAGCCCGAAACCUUCAUUCUGCUCACCAAGGCUGCUGACGAAUUCCCCGAUGAUGGCCGUCAGGGCUUCCUUCGAUGGCUGAAAAGCCGCUGUACAUUAUCAACGACCGACAGCCACGAGCAACAUCAUGGUAUCGACGCAAUCUGGCGAAAGUUUGCAAAAUGCUUCGUCGUCGUCGCCACUAUUAUUCACUACGAGCCCAUAUUCCGUGCAUUCCUGCAACACCUGAUGAGCCAGUUGAAAUCGGAUGGAGUCAACUGGGUUGAGCUGAGGUUUACCUGGCCACUUAACUAUUGCCGUGAUCGGCAGGAAGAACCCGAGGACAAUUACAGCCACCUGUUCCGCGUCAUUGAAGAAGAGGUUGCCAAGUUCAAAGCCUCUCCGGAAGGUGAAGGCUUCUGGGGGCUGACCAUUAUUUGGACGACGCUGCGUAGUGUCGAUACGAGAUCAAUGAUUGAGAACAUGGACCACUGCAUCACGACAAAAAUGGAGUUCCCCCACCUCAUCGCGGGAUAUGACUUGGUUGGACCCGAGGACCUUGGGAAGCCGCUGGUGGACGUGGUACCGGAGCUGUUUUGGUUCCGAAAGCAGUGCUCCCAGGAAGAAGUCAAUAUUCCGUUCUUUUUCCACGCCGGUGAAACACUUGGUGAUGGAAACAGCACUGAUUCAAACUUAUUCGAUGCCAUCCUACUCGGGACAAGACGUAUUGGCCAUGCUUACAGCUUAUACAAGCAUCCGUUGCUCAUCAACAUGGUCAAGGACAAGCGCAUUCUGGUUGAGUCGUGCCCCAUUUCAAACGAAGUCCUUCGACUAUGUGGUUCUGUUCUAGCACAUCCACUGCCCGCAUUGCUAGCCCGUGGUGUUGCAUGCUGCCUCUGCAAUGAUGAUCCAGCCAUGCUUGGCCAGGAUACCGCUGGCAUGUCUCAUGAUUUCUGGCAGGCUCUCCAGGGUUGGGAUAAUCUCGGACUCGCGGGCUUGGGAAGCUUGGCCGAGAACAGUGUCAGGUGGGCAGCUUUUGAAGACCAAGACGCUACGGCGUGGGCAAAUGAUAUCCGUCAAGCCAGCUUAGGCAGUGGUAUCAAGGCACAGAGGUUGAAAGAAUGGCAAAUUCAAUGGGAGGAGUUUUGUCUAUGGAUUGUGACCGAGUUCGGUGAAGAGUUCGACCCAGAGAGGGAGACGAUGAAUGAGACUGCUGCUGAGGCAUAA